UCUGCAAGUCUGCAAAAUCAGAAAAAUGGAUAUUUCUUGUUCACAUGCAAAGGUUCUGGAACAUGCACACCCCAAAGUCGAAGGGCCAAAGGAUGUAAGGCCUAUGUUUCCUUUAAAAAGAGGACAGACUGGCUCAACAAACUUGUUAUAGUUGAAAGGAUUUACAGCAUUCAUUCAGGACAUGACCCAACAAGUUCUUCUGAGGGACACUCAGAAAAAAUUAAUCAAGAGUUAGUCAAGAAUAUUCAAGAUUUAAUAUCUCUAGGUGUUAAGCCAGAUACAAUUCUUUUAAAAUCACAUGAAUGGUCAAAGGAACAAGGGCAUACUGAUCUCAACAACCGAGCAUAUUUUGUUACCCCAAAAGACAUUGAAAAUAUUCGGACAUGUACGAUGCGAAAAAAUCAGCAACACAAAGAUGAUGCCAAUAGUACAACACAACUUCUUGAGGGCGCUUUCAGAGACUCUGUUAUUUUUUAUCAGCCUUACAGUCCACAAACAGAUCUUGUCAUAGUUUUACAAACACCAUCAAUGAGAGACAGUCUUCAAGAAUAUGGAAGAGAUAUUGUUCUUAUGGAUGCAACACAUGACGUCAACCAGUAUGGCGUUCCUUUAUUUACAUUAGUUGUCAGGGACAGUCAUGGUCAUGGCAUACCCAUUGCCUAUAUCAUCUUGGGAAAUGAAAAGCAGGCCAUGCUUCAGCUGGCACUGGAAAAGCUGAAACCAACAUUUUCUGUACCUCCAAGGUGCUUUAUGGUUGAUAAAGACCAGGCUGAAAUCAAUGCUAUCCGUAAGGUGUUCAACGAGUCAGAUGUUCUCCUUUGUUGGUACCAUGUAACCCAAGCAGUAACACGUUGGCUGUCAAGAUCUGAAUCUGGUGUGAGUGGACCUGAAAAGGCAGAUUCGAGAGCGCACAUUAUGCAGUUAAUGUCGGAGCUGAAAUCCUGUUCCACGGAACAUGAAUUCAAGAAAAAAGCUGAGAUGUUUCAUUGCCAGUUUAAGAACUUAAAAGAUGUCUGCAAGUACUUUAGGAACCACUGGGAGCCAAUUGGUCCUCUGUGGUCUAACUUUGGAAGAUGUUAUAAGCAUGGAGACUCUGAAACAAACAAUCUAAUAGAACGCUUCUUCCACCGUUUAAAAUACCAAUUCCUCUGUGGCAUCCGGAAUCGUAGAUUGGAUCAUUUGAUUGAUGUGCUAUUGAACAAGACUGACAAGUACUUCAACAUAAUACAGGAUUUGCAGUCUGCUGGGAGAGUCUUUAACCCUCUGGAAUGUAAAAUGGAAGAAAUAAAGAAGUCUGCUCAGAGGAUGCUAGACAACGGUUGGGCCACAGCAGUUACUGCAGCUUCAACAGAAACAUACAUAUACAAUGAUACUCCGUCUGUAUCGCCUCAGCCCGCUUAG